AUGACUACCGGCAAUGACUCCAGUCCUGCAAUGCGAGGGGACUUUUCCAUGGAUGAGAAGACUAUUGCAAGCCAUGCAGACAAUCCUUCCGCUUUCAACACACCGACAGGCCACGGCUACGAGGAGCAGCUACCUGUGAUAGAUCAUGCCGCUGAAGCCCGUCUACUCCGCAAGCUCGAUUUAUACAUCAUUCCACCAACCAUGCUAUUGUACCUGUUCUCCUUCCUUGACCGUGUCAAUAUCGGCAACGCCAAACUAUAUGGCAUGGAGGCAGAUUUGGGCAUAAGAGACACGCAGUAUUCGACCGCCGUCAGCCUACUAUUCGUGACAUACAUCCUCUGCGAAACACCCAGCAACCUCGUCCUCAAAAAGCUGCGACCUUCUCGUUGGAUAAGUUUGAUCACGAUAUGCUGGGCCAUCGUCGCAACUCUGACUGGACUGGUCCAGAGUUAUGGAGGUCUGAUCGCCUGUCGCCUCAUUCUGGGGGCACUAGAAGCCGGCCUCUUUCCCGGCAUGACCAUAUACUUGACCCUCUUUUAUACCAAGCAACAGCUGGCGUUGAGAGUCGGCUACCUCUUUGUUUCCGCGGCCAUUGCCGGUUCUGUCGGAGGACUCCUGGCGUACGGCAUAGGGUUCAUGGACGGCACAUGCGGUUAUUCUGGCUGGAGAUGGAUUCUGAUCAUUGAGGGACUCCCGACUUUCGUCCUGGGUAUUGCCGUCUACUUCUGGCUUGCUGAUGAGCCAGAGACAGCGUACUACCUCUCUCCAGAAGAACGGGCGUUGAUGGUCGUCCAAAAAAGGCGCCACAUCGGCCAUACAGCCUCUGCCGAUCUGCAGCACAAGGAAGACGUCUACAAAGCCCUCAAGGAUUGGAAGGUCUGGGCGUUCGGCUGUGGGCAAUGGGGAGCAGACACCGUGCUAUAUGGGUACAGCACCUUCCUCCCUACAAUCAUCAAAGGAUUGGGCAACUGGUCGACCGCCGAGGUUCAGGCGCUUACUGUGCCAUGUUAUGCAUUGGGUGCCAUCACCUACCUCACCGUCGCUUACUUCUCGGACCGAUAUCAGCGACGUGGUUUGGCCGUGGUGCCUCUUUGCCUGGUGACCAUUGUUGGCUAUAUCAUUCUUAUGAGCGACGUGAGUUCCGGCGUGCGCUACUUCGGAUGUUUUCUUGUCGCCAUGGGACUCUAUGUCGUUGUGGGCAUUCCACUCGCCUGGCUCCCUACCAACAACCCUCGGUAUGGGAAGAGGAUCACCGGCUCAGGAAUACAACUUACAGUCGGUAAUGCUGCUGGCAUAAUGAGUGCUUACCUUUACAAGAGCAAUGAAGCUCCUCGAUUCAUCCGUGGCCAUGCUGUCUCGCUGUCCAUGGCGGCUGUUGCAGCGAUCAUCUAUACAAUAAUGUCGUUGUACUUUUUCAACCGAAACAAGAGGCGGCAGGCUGGCAAAGAGGACUCAAUCCUGGCCGGUAAAACCGAGGAGGAGAUUGCUGAAUUGGGCGAUGAGAAUCCGAGAUUUGUGUUCACAUACUGA